AAUCAGAUACAUGCAUACACAUCCCCAUAUUAUCCUCAAAAACUUUGGUCUCCUCAUCUUCUUCAUUCAUACUAAAAUCAGUGCCCUUUUAGUCUCUUGUGUGCAGAGACAAAAUGGGUCUGAAGUUGGUCUUCAUCCUCACACUCAUUUCUUGCUUACUUCUAGUUCGUGUUCAUGUUCAAGCCCUAAACAUUGGGAUUCAGUCGAACUCCGACCACACCUCGAAUAAACAGCAAGAGUGCAGCAGAACAUGUGAGUCUGAUCACUGUUCAGCUCCUCCAUUUUUGAGAUAUGGGAAGUAUUGUGGGUUUAUGUACAGUGGGUGCCCUGGAGAGAAGCCAUGUGAUGGAUUGGAUGCUUGCUGUAUGGUUCAUGAUGCCUGCAUCCAGGCUAAGCACAGUUAUGUUUCCUUCAUUUUACUUCUUUCUACUCCAAUUUUUGAGAUUUUUCUCUUCACAAGAAAACCCGUUUAUGUUAAAUUUUAAAUGAUCAAUCACCUCGUUUUUACAAGAUGGCAAACUACAUUGAAGAAGUGACAGAUUCUCUUAAGCACAAUCAUCGAUUGCUGUAUGGAUGCUUCCUAUUCAUCUUGAAUGGAACUAGAUCUAGACCUUUGCUAGUUAAGUCUCGGUUGAGAUAAAUUGCAGUUGUCCGUGAAAUAAUGGAUCAUAGAUGCACUUUAACCCUUUUCUAAUGUCAAUUUUUGAAUUAGAACUCUAAAAUCAAGUUCGCUUGAUGGUCAUCUGUCAGGGGAAUGGAUCCUCUAUAUUGUCGACUUAGUCGUGUAGUACUGUACAUCUGAAGUCAGUAAAGAUAGUGUGAGCGGGGGACAGGGGGGACCCACCCACGUGGGUCUGCCCAUGAGAACCCCCCUGUCCGCCUGUUUCUCCCGCGCGCACGAAACUCCCCCGCGCGAUUUCUUUCUCCUUUCCCGCGCGCGCGUUCGUUUCCCGCUGUCUGCUCCCGCCAAUUCUUCAGCCCCCCUCCCCUUUGGUUUUCCUAUAAAUAGUGAAGGGGUGGAGGAGUUAUAGGUGGUGGGAAAAUUAUGGUAAAAACAAUUAGGGUUGUGUGAGUUUUCUUUGAGAGAAAAGAAAGAGUGAGUGAGAGAGAAUUUGUAAAGUUUGGUAUUCUCCUCAUAGUGAAACCCCCCUCCCGUGGACGUAGGCUAGUUAGCCGAACCACGU